GGACUGGGAUCGGGGCAAACUGCUUGGAUCAGGACCAUGUGCCGGAGUAAAAGGACAUGGUGGGAGCAGCACCAUGCACAGGAUCAGGACUGGCUGGUGGGGAUGGGACCUUGUGGGGGAUCUGCACCUUCCUGAGGAGCAGGACCACAGCAAUGGCAUGGGAGGCCCAGCAUCACACCUGGGAAAGGACUGGUUGGUGUGAUGGGACCAGGACUAACUGGUGGGUGUGGGAUCAUGCUCAGAACCACCUGCAGGACCAGUCUGAGUGGUGGCACUGGGGCUGUGGAUGGAAUAGGGACUGGAAGAUGGGCACAGGCUCUCGUGGUGGGGCUGGGAAGGUGUGAGGGGUGGGACCAGCCCCUGGUGUGGGGCUGCCGAUGGCUGCAGAGACCAAGCAAAGCCCCCAACCCCAUCAGUGCCAGCUGGGACCCAUUGGCACCCAGCCCCAAGUCCUUAAAGACCCCCAGCUGGUGGGGUGGGGAUGCUGCUCACCAGGGAUGGAGCUGUGCUUGGUGGUGCUGGUGUGUGGGGCUGUGCUGGAGGUGGCAGGCACCACCAUGGCUCCAGUUGCCUCAGAGCCCCCUGGUCACACGGUGACAGCUCCAGUGACGUCCUCAGGCAUGGGGACAGGGAGGGUUCCUGCUCACCCCCUCUCUGAGGAGCCCAUCAUGAACUUCACCCUGAGGCUCCUGGAUGAGGACUCGAGUGCCACUCCAGAGAAGCUGCCAGUGCUCAGCCCUGGCUCUAUGAUCCACCUGGAAGCCAGUGUCCUCUUCAGUCCCAGCAUCUCCAUGAAGAUCCACGUGGAUCAGUGCUACUGGACCUCCUUGGAGCAGCCAGGACACUCCAGGAGGGUCUUCAUGGUGGUGAACAGCCGUGGGUGCCUGCACGGGGAGAAGCUGGGGAACGUGUCUGUCCAGCACCAGAGAGGGGGGUCUGUCCUCCAGCUCUCCAUCCUGGCCCCCACGCUGGAGGGUGAGCAGCAGGUCUACGUGCACUGCCUGUUGAUGGCAUGGGGACAAGGACGUGCCACGAGGUCCUGCUUCUACAGCCACACCACGGCCAGCUGGCACAAUGCAGAGGACCCUGUCCAGAGUACCCCAUGCUGCUGCUGUGACAGUGGUUGUCCUGCUGCUGACACCCUCCAUGGAGACAUGCCAGCAUUCCCAGGAGAGGGGACACUCCACCGGGAGACAGUUGGACCAGUGCUGGUGCAGAAGGAGAAGCUGCCGUGGUAUGAAGCACCGUGCCGGACGGGGAGGAGGUUCCUGCUGGCCCUGGUGGGCAGUGCUGUGCUGGUGGUCUCCGUGCUGGGGGGGCUGCUGGGGCUGGCCCUGAGCACCCGGCGCCUGCGCAGAGCCCCGCGGGGACAGCGGCCACCGAGGCAGAGGUGUCCCUUCCAGGCUGAGCUGCAGAGCGUGGUGGGGACCCUGCUCCUCAGGGAGACGGAGAAACAGGGCCAGAUGGGACCAGAGCCUCCUUCUCACCAAUAAAUGUGGCUUUGCUUUCUCUAAAGCUUCUCCUGGUUGGCAAUGUGUGGAUGCCACCAAGGGAUGGAGAUGUGCCCCUACACUGGCAAGCCACAUCUCCAGGGUCCUGUGGCUUCCAAAUGGAGUGGCACUGUCCCAGCCUGUGGUGCUGGAGAUGGUACCUCCUGGCUGGGUGGAUUUUAUGUCCUUAGAGAUCAUGCAGCUCCUUGGGGACAGCCCCCAGGAUGUCCCAUGAGGCUGUGGAGAUGGAAAGGUUCCAGGCUGGGGACAGCAGGGCUGCUCUGGGCAGGC